AUGUCUUCAUCUUUGCUUCUCAGCCUCUCUUCCAAGCUCUCCUCUCUCCGCAAACUUGCCCUGAGAUGCCAAACCCUCAGGUUCUCCUCCUCCACAACCACCACCAACCCUUACUUAGUGUAUGCUCAAACAGUUUAUGGAAACCCUGAUGAGGAUCUUCACGUAAGAAGCGACAUCCACUACUUCGACCCUGUCAAGGAAGAUGAAGUGAUUGUGCGAGACAAGGCACUUCCCAUGGAGUUUCGUAAAGAGCGUUUUCUGGUCGGAAUGUCCCAUGGUUGGGUUGUUUUCAAGGCCCGGUGUGGUGAUGGUUGA